UCAUGUCAUACUUUCAUUUCAGUACAGUAGAUUGAAGUAAAAUGGCUGUCCGUCAGUCAGACCUUAAUACAAAUGGAAUCACACCUAUCCAACAAAUGAUCGCUUCAUGUUCUGGUGCUUUAAUGACUUCAUUGAUUGUUACACCAUUUGAUGUUAUAAAAAUACGGCUGCAAGCACAGAGAACUCCAUUUUAUAAAGGAAAAUGCUUUCUGUACUGCAAUGGCCUGAUGGAUCAUCUAUGUGUCUGUGAGAAUGGAAGUAAUGCUGCUUGGUACAAAGCACCAGGGCAAUUCAAAGGAACAUUGGAUGCAUUUGUUCAAAUUGUUCGUAAUGAGGGACUAAAGUCACUCUGGAGUGGACUUCCUCCAACAUUAAUAAUGGCAGUACCUGCAACAGUUAUUUACUUCACUUGUUACGAUCAGUUACGGGCUUUUUUGAAAUACAAGCUAGGAUAUGAUGGCGCUUAUAUUCCAUUGUUAGCUGGAGCUUCAGCCAGAGUGGGUGCAGUAACUGUCAUAAGUCCCUUGGAACUAAUCAGAACGAAGAGUCAGUCUCGUAAGCUGACGUAUAGAGAACUAGGUAGUGUUGUUCGGAUUGCAAUAGCACAAGAUGGAUGGCUUUCUCUCUGGAGGGGCUGGGGACCCACUGUGCUCAGAGAUGUGCCAUUUUCAGCAAUUUACUGGUUUAAUUAUGAGCUGCUGAAGAGCCAGUUAUGCAAGAAAUACAAUAUCAGUGAACCUACAUUAACGAUCAGUUUUUCCUCAGGAGCAUCAUCAGGCGCAAUUGCAGCUGUAUUGACUUUACCAUUUGAUGUGGUGAAAACCCGCAGACAAAUUGAACUUGGAGAGCUGAACACAAUGAAAUCGCGAAGAACUUUAACCUCCACCUGGAAAAUAAUGGAAAGAAUUGUAACGGAGUCUGGAUUUAGAGGUUUAUUUGUUGGUUUGUUGCCUCGAUUAAUGAAAGUAGCACCAGCAUGUGCUAUUAUGAUCAGUUCCUAUGAAUAUGGGAAGUCAUUUUUUCGUAAAAUAAACAGAGAGCGGGAACUGAAAAGGGACCUACAGUCAGACAUCAGUUGAGAGAAUCCAUACAGCCGGAGUUUGAAGAAAUCAAACUAUGGGGAUGCACUUCUUGCCAAGUUAAAACCUAAAUUAUAGACGAAAGAUUCAAACAUGACCUAUACCUGUUAUACAAAGGGGUGACCUUGGAAAAUGAAACAUUGUGAAGAUGGAAAUGAAUUAUUUGAAGAAUGCAUUUUCUGACUGCUUUAUGCUUACAUUCACUAAAAGUUGUUCACCAUUGUGGCUCACAUUCAAAGGCUGAGUCAUAAUGAUUUGAAAGUUGUAGAAAUAAGAAGAUUCACAUUAAAGAAAAACAAUAGGAACCAAUUACACUAUUUUAUAUUGUACAGUUCGUAACUCUACAUCAACAAGGAUUUGCAACCUAGGGAGGUAAGAAAUAGAUCUUGAAGUUGUAUCUUGUCUUAAUUGGAUGUUUAAAAUGCAACUGUAGAAAUUUUAAGUGCAAUACUAAACAGAAAUGACCUGUCCUACCAGUAGAUAUAAGCAAGCAAUGAAGUCUACUGCCAGAUCAGAUGAACAAAAUUGGACUUGGUGGAAUUGUUUAUCGGAACAGUCAAUUUAUUGCAAUGAAGAUUUCCUGAAACCAGAGUAAAUAUUAAUUUGUGGAAUUUUGUUUAUAUUGAGAAAUGUGAUUUGGUGUCAAAUGUGCCUUUUUGUAAAAUAAACAAAUUGCACACCUUA